AUGGUUGGCGUACCUCGCAGCGGAGGAUGUCGGACCUGUUUGCAGCGACGAGUCAAGUGUGAUGAGACGCGGCCUGCUUGCAAGCGCUGCGAAAAGCGAGGCCAGAAAUGCCCUGGAUACGAAAAGCGGAUUAAAUUUUGCCCUAUCAUUCUAUCCGAAGAUGGAUUUCAAGUUAUUGCCGAUCCUGGACCAUUCGCUGCCCAACCCUACAAAUGGAUUCAUCAUGGGCUUGCUCUGGGCCACUGCUCCAGUAUAGACGAGUCCGUUGCUCCGAAUCUAGCCCGUAUGGCCAUCGAUGUACAACAGAAAGAAAUGUUCAGCUUAUUUGUCGACGCCAAUUUCCCCGGUCUGUACUAUGCCUGGAGUUCUCGUGUGGACGUGACGUUCAUGGACUUUGUCCGCCAACAAAGUGACGCACCAACUGACGCUCUGGUCUGGGGCACUCGGACAUUGGGAACCCUAAAUCUAGGCCAAAAAAACAAAGACAACGACAAAAUUUUCUGCAGUCGCUCAAUGUAUACCUACGGGCUGCGAUCUCUAGCUCAUUUGAUUCAGAACCCCGCAACCGUCAAAUCCGAUCGCACCCUAGGUGCUGCAGUUUUGUGUGGUAUCUACGAGAUACUAGAUGGAGGCGGCCACAGGUCCUGGCUCACUCAUUCUAGUGGCAUUGCUACUCUGUUUCGCCUUCGGGGAGCUGACGCUCAUCGCGACGGAUUCGGGCGGACCUUACUCAUCGCUUUUCGUUCGUUCCUUGUUGCGGAAGCUUUUAUUUGCGGUAAACCGUGCUUUUUAGCAGAUCCCGAAUGGAGAUCUGUAAAUCAGUACGCGAUCAGGCAGGAGAGACUUGCCGGGAAGGGAAGUGAGCUGGGGGAUGUGGUCGAAUAUGCGUUCGACACGAUCACGGUUUGCCCGGGAUUGGUUGCACAAGCGCGUGCAAUAUCCACCGGAAAUACAAAUCCCGAUUUCUCUCAAAGGCAACAAUUGGCGCUUGAAAUUACGCGCAGUCAACAACGACUCACUGAGUUGCAUGAUCGACUAGAGGUUCUUUCAUCUAAGCUCAUCAGUGACAAAGGCUUUGAAGAGAGACCAGAUAUCACUGGCCCAAUCCCUGUUCGAGUAGCCAACAUGUUGGCGAAAUUUUGUCUUCAGGGGAUGAAAAGGGCUACUGCACUUUUAGAUCGGUGGUUGAGUUUUGUUGAGUUGGGUCAAUCGUCGCUGGUUCAGGUGGGAGUGAAAGAAGAAGUGAAUGUGAGCCAUAGCAGUCCACCGAUAUGUCCGGAUCAUAUUGCAUUGUCAAUGGGGAUGCUUGCAAUUGAAUAA